AUGGCCAGCUCCGAAGAUAGCACUCGAACGGCACAAACACACGACCUGCGCGCACAGCAUACCGCCUACUGUGGUACUAUAGGCACCCUAUGCAACACAGUCGAACCUUCUCGUCCACGCCACGUUAUCCCCAAGCCCGAACAUCCCCCAAACCCAGCCCAAGACUACGAGAGAUGGGAUCUGGUAGCUAAUAGUCCACAUUGGUGA